AUGUCGGCCGACCCCGCGCGCUUCGGCGCGAACGGCGCAGGCGAUGUCCCCGGAACCGACGCGAACCCAUCGCGCACGGAAUCCCGCGCGUCCAACCUCAGCUCGGUCGCUGAAAUCAACGACACGCUCGGUUGGUCCACGUACCAAUGGCGACUCUUCGUCGUCACCGGUCUUUGCAUCGCCGCCGAAUCGGUGGAAGUGAACCUGCUGAGCUUUCUGACGGUGGAAUGCGCGAAGGAGUGGAACCUGACGGGCGCGAGAGUCGAUCACGUCGCCGGGAGCGUGUUCGCGGGCGAGGUCGCGGGGUGCGUGUUGUUCGGUUUACUCGCCGACGCCAUCGGGAGACGACCUACGUUCGCGAUGGGGACGGUUUUAGUGGCGGUUUUCGGUCUCGCGACGGCGUUCGCGAGGAAUUUAUUUGAGAUGACGAUCCUAGGCUUCGGCGUUGGGCUCGGGAUCGGCGGUUUCAGCGUUCCGUACGACUUGCUGUGCGAGUUUUGCCCGAACGCGGUGCGUGGGGUGGUCAUGAUGGCUCUAUGGAUAUUCUGGACGUUUGGAUCGUUUAUGGUGCUCAUUUUAGCGUCAACGAUGCUAGAGACGCAGGGAUGGCGAAUGCUGUGCAUUUAUUGCGCGAUUCCAUCCAUCUUGAGUAUGUUUGGUUUGAUGUUCGUAGACGAGAGUCCACAUUGGUUGGUGAUCAAGGGACGACGGAAGGAAGCUGAUGCCAUCUUGCGCAAGGCGGCAGAGAUGAAUAGGGUAGAUUUGGGGGAGUUUGAGUUGGAGAGCGAAGACUUCGGGACCUUGGAUGUGGGGGUGUUAUUUCGGGAUGGGAACGCAUACCGAACCAUACUCAUUUGGACGUGUCAGUUCUGUCAAACGUUCAUCUAUUACGGCAUUGUGCUCUACCUCCCACGUGCGUUUGCGCGCAUAAGUGGACCUACUAGUACGCAGAGUGGAGCGCAGUACCCGUAUUGGGCGCUCAUUCUUUCGUGCGCGGGUGAAUUUGUGGCGGCUGUCAUUGUGCUGUACGCCGUCCAGAGGUACACCCGCUCUCAGUUGAUCUUCUUCUCCUUCUUGGUGUUCGCGUGUUCGUUCCCGUUCGUCGUGAUGGACGUUCCGGACGUGUAUAUGGUAGUCCUCGCUAUGAUCGCAAGAAUGGCAGCGACGAACGCCGGGAACGUGUGUUGGCUCGCCUCUCCGGAGGCGUAUCCCACCAACGUUCGCGCCACCGGCCAUGGAUGGGCCAACCUCAUCGCGCGCAUCGGCGCUUUAGUCACCACCUAUUGCGCCGGAUGGCACGAUCACGACGAAGUCGCCGCUCUCUAUGCGUGCGUCGCCCUCAUCGGCGCCGCUGCCGGAUACAUGCUCCCGCCCGGCGUCAUGCCCGGGAGCGAGCCGAGCGACAAGUUCGACGCCAAGGGACGCCUGUUCCGAUCGAAAAAACAGAGCUGA